AUGGCAACAGCUGAUAACCCAAUCUCACACCACACGAGCCAUACGAUGGGCAAUGGCGCCAGCAGCAGCAAUAACGGCGCCCAUGGGGACGGCGCGACCUCCUCUGCCAAUGGACGAAAUCAGGACGAUGUCUUGGAUGCCCCCCUAACGACCCCCGUUGCCGACUUGUAUAAGUGUAAUAUGGACGAAACCGAAGCUGAUCAGCGCCCUCUGACGGGAAUCUCGCAUUCCUCUCCCAUUUCGUGUAAUAUCCUGGACUCCAAGGCUGGGACAAUAAUGAGCAAUGCCACUCUCGUGGACUCCUCUGUCAACCUGGCCAGCUUCAGCAUUAUCGACAGUACUCUGCGCGAGGGCGAGCAGUUCAGUACCGCCCACUUCAACACGGCACAGAAGAUCAAAAUUGCCCAGGGCCUGGAUGAUUUUGGAGUGGACUAUAUCGAGUUGACGUCGCCCGCUGCUUCUGAACAGUCGAGAGCUGACUGCGAGGCCAUCUGCAAGCUGGGUCUACGGGCCAAGAUAGUAUGCCACAUUCGAUGCCACAUGGACGACGCACGACUCGCCAUUCAGACGGGCGUGGAUGGAAUAAACAUGUUCAUCGGAACCUCUUCCCUGCUCAUGAAGCAUUCGCACGGAAAGGACAUGAGCUACAUUGCCGCCAAGGCGCAGGAAAUUAUCGAAUAUGUCAAGUCGAACAAUGUCGAGAUUCGCUUCUCUGGGGAGGACUCGUUCCGCUCGGACUUUUCGGACAUCUUGAAGCUGUAUUCCCUCGUCGACCGGCUGGGCGUGGACCGCGUAGGCAUUGCCGACACUGUGGGUGGUGCCACGCCCAUGGAAGUGUACGAUAAAAUCGACGCCCUGAGAAAGGUUGUCGGCUGCGACAUCGAGACGCACUUCCACAAUGACACGGGGUGUGCCAUCGCGAAUGCCUUGGUUGCUCUCGAGGCUGGCGCUACCCAUAUCGACACUACGGUGCUUGGUAUCGGCGAACGAAACGGCAUCACGCCUCUCGGCGGUCUUAUGGCCUGUGUGGUUCCUACUGAUCGCAAUUUCAUCUCGAGCAAGUACAGGCUUGAGAAGCUGGACUACCUGGAAGAAUUGGUUGCCCAGAUUGUCGGGGUGGAAAUCCCCUUCAACAAUGUUACGUGGUCUCUGAAGAAUAAGGACUGA